AUGGAAGAGGAACAGGAGGAAGAACUCCCCUACGAUGAUCCCGGGCAGCAGGCAAUGGCUUGGCCGAACAUGGCGACCUCGCAGGAGCUUCUCGCGCAGAUCGCUGGUGCCAAGCAGACGUUGGAGGAGACCCGGAGGCAGCUGGAGGAAGUGCAGAAACACAUCUCCUACCAGGAGUCCAUCAACAACUGCGAGUGCAACUAUCGGCGGUUGGUAGAUGCGGAUGCGCUGGGGAACACCCCUUCCGAUGGCGUGAAGCCUCUAGAGGUCCCCCCACCGCGCUUCAACCCUGGGAGCAAUGGGGAGCUGGUCCACUGUAGCGAGGUCGUGGUCAAGGGUGACUACGAGUGGCGGAUUGAAGGCAUCUCCUGGCUUAUCAACGCCCUGGAGCAGAAUGAGGCCAACUUUGCCGAGAGUUGCACCUUCAUCGUGGCCGGGGAGGAUUUCUCCUUGGUCUACCACCCGGAAGCGGGGGAGGUGGGCUAUUUGGGCCAGUCCCAAAGAGGAUCCCUCUGCAUCGUGCACCACAAUGGAGACGGCAUCACCUUCCGUUACAAGGCGCUCGUCAAGAACGCGGAGGGCCAAUGGGUCCAGUGGGGCCAAGAGGGAAACGAGUGCCACACCGGAGCGGACACCUCUGGACGAGCCUUCGGCCCGGAUGUUUAUUUUGCGGAUUCGGCAGAAAGCCCUCCGCAUUCUAUGGGCAUCUUCGGCAUGAGCCACGAGGAACUCCUGAAGUCUCCAUGGAUCGUGGAUGGCUCCCUGACAGUGAAGUUUGAGCUCGAAGUGCGUCCCAACGUGGAGCUGGAUCCCAUGCCGCUGCGGAAGCCGGCUAUCGAAGUGCCGGCCCAGUCGCUGUCCAACGACCUGCUGACCAUGUUUGAGGAGGGUCGAGGGACCGACGUCACCUUCCUGGUGCAGGGAGAGCGGAUUCCGGCUCAUUCUCAGAUUCUUUGCGCCAGAUCUCAAGUCCUCGAGCGGCAGUUGUACAGUGGAAUGAAGGAGUCCAUCUCCAAAGAAAUUCUUGUAGAAGAGACGCAGUCGGCUACGUUCAGAGCAAUGCUCAAGUUCCUGUACACAGACGACCUGGCCAUCAUCGAGGACCUGGCGAAGCAUGCGCACGACAGCUCUGGAUCGUCCUGUCUGAAGUGGAAGAUGGCGACGCCUUUCCUCCAAAACCUGUUGAGCCUUAGCCACCUCUACCAGAUUAACCGGCUGCGGGUUUGGUGUGAGCAGAAGCUGUGUGACAACAUCUCUUCCAACGAGGUCUUCUCCAUUCUCUGUCAGGCACAUCUCUACGAGGCGAAGCAGCUCGAGAAAGCUUGCCUCAACUUCAUCAAGGACAACCUGCCUCAGGUUGUCGCAACGCCCGACUACGGCCGGGGGUGUAAGGAGUGGCCUGAGAUUGUGCUGAAAAUCAGCGCUUCGCUGGCUUGCCUGGACGAGCGCACUGCCCAACCAGCCUUCGAGGCGUUUCGAGGCCACAAUUUGGAGAAGGAGAUCUUGGCCGGGAAGCUUGAGAAGGCGGAGAAGCUCGAGAAGGAAGAGCCCAAGGAGAAGUCGGAGAAGCCAGAGAGGUCGGAGAAAGAGAGCCACAAGGACUACAAGGAGAAGGAGAAAGCGGUGGAGAAGGCCCUUCCGGCGAAGAGGAUUCUCGCGGGCUUUAGCUCUAGAGUCAAAGUCCAACAUGCACUGUUUGGGGUUUCUGGGCUUCUGGGUCGAGAGUGCCGCUUCAAAGCUUUUAAGACCGGAAUCCAUCUGCUUUGCUUUUCGCGCUUGAAGACCUGUGACCUUUGUGUUUGCGCGCAUUCUGUGAUCCUACCUGAGCUGAACUAA